GAAUUUGAGCUGCAUCGUGUUAUGAAUAAAAUAUUAAAGUUAACAUCGUUGCAUCUUAGUUAAUCUACGUAAUCGUUCGCGUAAAAAUCUACGCUCCUUCCUUUUCGGAAGAAAAAACAUACAUUUUUGCAGGGAAGUAUUUCAAAAAAUUAUUACAACAAUUUGUAGAAGGGUUCCUGCUUGACGAACAGUUUCCGACGUCGUGCAAUCAAACGCCCCGAUAGCCAAGCAAAGCCAUUAGUUGGCAACGAUCAAGAGGGGACUAUCCAAGUGUAUCUAGCAAAUCACACACAUUGAGAAUUUGCCAUGUUAUUAGUGGGUGGAAUUGUCGAGCCGGAGAAGAAUACGAGGCCAAUAAAUCCUUUAACGGAAACAGAACUAUUCUCAAGAGUACAAAGAAAUGAUUAUAUUGAAGCACACCCAUCAGAGAUCCACUUUCCUUUUGUAAACAUACGUUCGGAAAAGAAACCAAAAAUGCUUAAGUUAAUCAAUGUUGGAACAUCGACCACCAGAAUACACAUAAUUCCACCGCAAACCUCAUUUUUUAAAUGCAGUUACAAAACUCCAGAGAAAUUCGUCCCAGGUUCAAGUAUUAUUUGCUGGGUGCAUUUUAUCCCAGCGGACGGCCAAUGCUAUAAAGAUGUUAUUCGUAUUCAUACCGAGCACACAGAUCGACAUUUGGUGGUUCCGGUGUAUGCAUACCCCGUAGCUGGAAGGUUGAACUUCCCAGGAAACAUACGCAUACCUGCAGUUCCACUUGGUACCACGAAGAGAUGCAAAAUUCCACUGAGUUCCUUUGCGAGCACUGAUUUUGAAUACACCAUCAAGAAAGUUCAGGAUCAUCCCUGUUACGAUGUACAACCUUUGGCAGGUUAA